AUGCAGUCAAAGGACCUUAGGCCCCAUGAGUUUGAUGAAUGUCGCUUUGAUAUCAGUGUGAACGACAGUGUGUGGUACCUCCGUGCGCAAGACCCAGACCAUAGACAACAAUGGAUAGAGGCCAUUGAACAACACAAGGCAGAAUCAGGCUAUGGGUCAGAAUCAAGUCUUCGGCGUCAUGGCUCCAUGCUUUCUCUCACGUCUGCAGCAAGUGGUUAUUCUGCCACGUCCACCUCAUCAUUUAAGACUUCCGUUGGGCCAGUCCAAGAUCUCAACCAACAGAAAGGCCAUAGCUUACGUGAAAAACUCGCUGAAAUGGAAACCUUUCGUGAUAUCCUAUGCAGACAAGUUGAUACACUACAGAAGUACUUUGACGCUUGUGCGGAUGCUGUCUCUAAAGAUGAGCUCCAGAGAGAUAAAGUAGUGGAAGAUGAUGAAGAUGCUUUUCCAACCACGCGGUCGGAUGGCGAUUUUAUACAUAAUAAUAAUGGCAGCAAAGAGAAAUUAUUUCCAUGUGUGACACCCAAAGGGAUUAAUGGAAUAGAUUUUAAAGGUGAAGCAAUCACCUUCAAGGCUACUACAGCAGGAAUUCUGGCUACACUUUCUCACUGCAUUGAACUGAUGGUAAAGCGAGAAGACAGCUGGCAGAAGAGAAUUGAUAAGGAAAUUGAAAAGAGGCGAAGAGUGGAAGAUGCUUACAAGAAUGCAUUGUCAGAGCUUAAGAAAAAAUGCCACUUUGGUGGACCUGAUUAUGAGGAAGGUCCGAACAGUUUGAUAAAUGAGGAAGAAUUCUUUGAUGCUGUUGAAGCUGCUCUUGACAGACAAGACAAAAUUGAAGAACAGUCUCACACGGAGAAGUCAAGAAUUCAUUGGUCAGCUGCUCUACCAUUUGGUGAUUCCUUCACGGCAGUUGGUGUACACAGAUUUGCCAAACAGCCCUUUAGUCGCUCUUCCUCCAUGUCUUCCAUUGAUCUAGUCAGUGCCUCAGAUGAUCACAGAUUCAGCACCCAGGUUGAAGAAAUGGUGCAAAAUCACAUGCAAUAUUCUCUCCAAGAUGUAGGUGGUGAUGCUAAUUGGCAGUUGGUGGUGGAAGAGGGAGAAAUGAAGGUCUACAGGAGAGAAGUGGAAGAAAAUGGGAUUGUCUUAGAUCCUCUCAAAGCGACACAUUCUGUCAAAGGAGUUACAGGUCACGAAGUAUGCCAUUACUUCUGGAAUGUCGAUGUUCGCAAUGAUUGGGAAACAACCAUUGAGAAUUUCCAUGUACUAGAAAUUCUAUCAGAUAAUGCAAUCAUCAUCUAUCAGACACACAAGAGAGUUUGGCCAGCUUCACAAAGAGAUGUACUUUACUUAUCUGCAAUUCGAAAAGUUCCAGCUACAAAUGAAAAUGAUCCAGAUACGUGGCUUGUCUGCAAUUUUUCUGUGGAACAUGACAGUGCACCUCAGAAUAACAGAUGUGUGCGUGCCAAAAUAAACAUUGCCAUGAUCUGCCAGACACUAGUAAGCCCUCCAGAAGGGAACCAGGCAAUCAGCAGAGAUAACAUCCUAUGCAAGAUCACGUAUGUAGCUAAUGUAAAUCCUGGAGGAUGGGCGCCAGCAUCAGUACUUCGAGCAGUUGCAAAACGUGAAUAUCCCAAAUUCCUCAAACGUUUCACAUCCUAUGUACAGGAGAAAACUGCAGGCAAAGAUAUUCUCUUCUAAUAUCUAGAGUUUUCAGCAUGGAUUUGCUGUUGUUUCUACCAUGCUUUCCCCAGCGACCAACAUGCAGACAAAAAGGUGCCCUCCUACGCUUGAGGAUCACAGUGACUUCAUGCUGAUGCAUUGAAUUUCCAGCAUUCUUCCCUCUCAUAAGCCAGUCGCAGUCCUCAGUCUGCAUCUAAUUGAUGUAGGCUGUCAUUUGACAUCUGUGGCUGAUCUGUUCCAUUUUAGCAUCUGUGUGUAGUUCAUCUGUAUGUGAAGUUCAUCUGCUGUUUACAAUUUAACCAAGCAUUUUUUUACAAAAACAAUCUCAUUCUGGAUCAAAAACAAUAAGUUGAGGGCGUUAAUUGUUUUUUAAAGCAUGUUUGUUGUUGUAGGCCUACAUAAUCAUGGCCAAAAUUUCAACAUUUUUGCAACAAACAAAACCGAAUUUGUGAUCUUAAGUUGCUCAAAUGUUUGCCAUCUUUGGGGUCUACAGUAAGGUGUACUUUCUUUAAGUCUUAGUCAAGUCUUUCUAAUUAGCAUUCUAUAAUCACUGAACUCAUUACAUUCUUUUUCUGGUCUAAAGCCAGUCCUAGCUUCUAACAUCGAAACUGAUUUCUUAUAAAACUAAUUCAGGGAUGUCUAAGCCCUUUUGACCUCUGGCAUUUGCCCUUUCUCUUUCUUACGAUCUCCCAUGAAGAACGUCUAGUUCUGAUGGAGAUUUUGAAAAGCUUUAUUUCUGUUUUGUUUACAAACUAUAUUUCUACUGCAUUUUUAGUUUGUAUAUUUGUUACAUAUGUAUUUUUUGUUGUAAUUGAAAGUUCUGAAAUCUUUUAUGAUGGUAUGGGCUGGAAGGAGGAUUACUUGAAACAUGUCAAAUAAGGAUUUUUCAUGUUGUAACAGAUUGGAGUUUUAGUUAUGACCAGUGUAGACAUACUGUUGAAAGGUGAAUGACUGUUUUAAGCAAUAUUGAUAGAAGGGGUGUGCAUUAUUGUGAAUAAGGUACGCCAGCUAAGCUUAAGUGAAGCCCAUUGCAUAAAUUGUUCGCGCACUACUUUCAAAAGGUGCACACCUUCCGUUCAUUAAUGCAAUUGUGCAAAAUCUGUUUUGAAUUGAAAUAGGUGGUUGUUCCUGAUAUUUAAUCAGAACUAGCCAGUUGUGUUUCAGGAAUACAUUUACAUGCUGUUGAUAUGUUACUUUGUAGAACCUCAAUUCCCAUGAAAUUCUGUGCAGACCUUUUCUUUCUUCCUGUUGAUUUCAUAUAAUACUUUUAUGCUGUGUCUGUUACUGGAUGCAGCUAAAAUUAGACUUAGUUUUUAUGACUGCUGGAUUCCAGAAAUCUUUCAUUGUGAAGUUGUUCACAACAUUGUAAAGUUGUGCACGACUUUACAAUGUUCCCCACUCAUUUUGCAGCUAAGAAUUGAUUUUUAUUUUAAUAAGUCUAGCAUUUUGAGUCACAUAAACCAUUUAAUAUUAAUAAUUGGUUAUUAUAACUAAUAUAAGCAUAUGAAUAUCAAUAAUUUGACCAGCAGACUUUAUUUUUGCAGCACAAGAUUAUCGCUAACAAUAUUGUGUAUAUAUAACAACAGAUUCAAAUGUGAAAGUGCCUAAAUUUGAGGAUUGUUAUGCACUCAGUAAAUUGAUUCUUAAGAAAGCUGGUAUGUAAGAAUACUGUGUGGUGAAGAUUAAUCGAGAACACUUUAUACUUAAAUUAUCCUUGAACUUCUAGGCUAUACCUUAUAAAUCCAAACUUUUAUAAUGAAACUUUUUCUGAUCAGCUCCAUACUUCACCAAAUGCACUUCAUAUCUGUAUUUAAAAUUAAUUUGUAAUAAGUAAUAAUAAAUCAACAGGAAGUAAGAUUUUCUUGAAUGCAAUGGUUUUGUUCUUUUCAACCAGAUUAACUGGUUAUGUGGACCUACUGUACCAUUAAAAUGCAGAAAGCUGGAUGAUUUGUUUGCUUUGACAUUGAGGGAAUGGGAGAAGUCAAUGCUAGUUGGUUGCUUGAUGAGGAUAUGAAAUUAAAUUCACAGUGCACUUCCUAAAGUAGCUAUUACAAUUCCAACUAUGUGCAGAUUUGUUUUUAAAUAGAUAUGCUCUACUAGCCCCUCACCCAAAAAACACAUCCAAGUUGCUAACUCGAUCAGUUUUUUCGACUCUGUGCCCUCCAACUUUAAACUUUUGUCUUCCAAGUGAUUCUUUAAAAAGGGAUUAUUUCUUGCAAGAAUUUCCCUAUUUCCUUGAACAAUUUUAUAUAAAAUUGAUAUUCCAGUUGCAGGUAUUAAAAUAAACACGAAAACCAGAAUUAAGACAGUAAAUUGGAUAUGUGUGGACUCUUUGUAUCGGUUUGGAUACCUCUAGCAUUGAGAAAUCGUGUUAACGAUACAUCCCAGUGGGUGAUGUUUAUCAUAAAGGAAUAGUGUUGGUUGUGGAGUACAGCAAGUGAGGCCUAACAUUGCAGUGUCAUAUUUUGGGAGUUCUGAAGCAGAGCACUCAUGGCAAAUCUCAGAAGUUCACCUCCAUCAUGUGACAAUUUUCUGGCAUUCAUUGUUUCAACAAAAAAGGGGAAUAUUUGUGUUUUGAGGGAUACCACGCAUAAGAGCACCUUACUACAAACAUUAGUAAGAUAAGUUAGGUAAACUCAAAUUCUACCAUUAGCAUAGAUAUGAAAAGUUUCCAUCUAACCAGGUUUUAAGCUUUUUGGGAUAAUUUAACUUGAUGUUUUGUUUGUAGUGGAAAUUAUUUUUGUCCGCCCUGUGUAGUAAUGCUUUUCAUUUGUGCAAAAAGUUACAAAUGGGAAUGGAAAUAUGGAGAUUGUUGUCACAAUUGCAUAAAUGAGUAAUGUAUUGGAUUCUACAUUAACAUGAGGUUCAGUAGUUUACAGAACUAACUGGUUUAUUAUGCUGCUUACUUUCAGCAACUGUUAAUUUCAGGUUGUUCAAAAACCCUUGCAUUCAACACUGAGUAACCAACAUAUUAUCGGGAACUUGGUGGGGGGGGGGGUGGGGGGUGACUGUAAAUUUAAUUGAUUAUUCCAAAUGAAAAGCUGUUAUAUACCUGACUAAUUUAUCAAUGAGAACUUUAGCAAUGAUCCAGGUUAAAAACCUGUUAAGCUAAAUUGAGCUAACCUUUAAUAAAUUGGGAAGUUUACGUGUAUAGAACUUGAUAUUGCUAGUCACAAUUGCACUAAAUGUGAUGUAAUUUUGAAAUUAUUCUGGUAUAAAGUGAUUACACUAAAAGGGGAUUGUAAAGUAUUGAAACGUUUCUGGAAUGUAAAAACACGUCAUUUACAGGUUAAAAAAUGGACUUUUAUUUCAAAAUCUAUUGUGUGUGUAGAAUGUGGUCAGAGAUUUGUUUUAUGAAAGCUUUAUAUCCUGAUUUAGCUUUGUGUACAGCAAAACACUGGUUAAUAUGUGUCUGUGAUAUUGGACUGUAAAACAGUUUUUCCAAUCAGCAAUGUGCAAAAGAUAAGUUUAUAAAGUUUAGUUCCUCCAUGUUAUCACAAAUUAAAAUCCAGUAUUUAAAAAGUGAAAAGUAUUAAAACAUUAUAGAAUAUCUUG